AUUUUUGUUUCAGUCCAUCUGUUUCUUUUUUGCCCUGCUGCUGCUUUACAGUAAAGACGUUUGUUUUUUCCUACAUCAGAACUGUGGCUGACUGUCUGCAGAGCUCUGGCAUCCUGGAGUGGCACAUCAGUUUGGUCAGUUCGCCCAGCACUCCUUUCUCUCCUCUUUCUCCCUCCCUUCCUCUUUCUCUUGCUUCCUGAUUCUCAUACUACCCGGCACUUGAAAAAGACAGAAGCCCUGCUUCAUGGCUUAGAGAAUGAGCUCUGCCUCUCAGCUGCAGACCGAGAGAAGAGAGGAGAGGAGAGAGAAGGGGAGACGGGGGAAAGGGAGGCACAUAGAGGAGAGCAGAAAGGCAGCGACACGCUCGUAUCUGUUGUGGCAGCGUCCUGCAACCGAGAAGCAAAUGAGAGAGUGGGAGAGAGACAGAGAGAGUAUGCCAGAGUGAGAGGAGAGAGAGAAAGAGAGGAGAUGUCAGACAGCCGUGUCCUUGAGAGCUGCACCACAACUCUUUGAAGAGGGCUGGGAGACGUAUCUGAGGACUGAGCACACCUUACAGCAGUUACCUGAGUUGAACAACAUCAGACUCCCAUCCGAGCUUCAACUACAGCCUACAACUGUCCCAAGAGGAGAGGGGGAAGAAGAAGAGGACUCUCCUUGUCCCCACCGUCUCUGACCAGACACAACCUCCAUCAUCUUACCAAAGAGCACAGAGUAGGGGAGGAUGGCCACCCCCCUAUCAUCCAGUGAACUGUCAAAAGACCUCACCAGGCUCAUCACAACCCAGGAUUAGUUCAUGGGAGCACCCCUUUUCUUCAGAGGAGAGUAAGAAUAAGUGACACAGAAAAAGACAAAGAGGAGAAAGGAAGAAGAGGAGGACACGGAAUGGAUCGCUUUCCAUAACAUCACGGUCCAAAGAGACAAUACAGCUCAAGGCAGGAUUACAAAAGGGAUAUCACACUGCAGCCCUCGUUGGAACAGCAAAUGGUUAGCUUCUGGGCAAAGCAAAAAUGAACUUAUCGAAGGGGCCAUUACUGAACAGCAGCAGUGAAGAUAACUCCAAGUCAACCUAUAGUAAAUGCGGCGCUGGCGCCUGGAGAAUGCACCAGAGCUACGAUCCACUAGAGGCCAACCACAUGAGAGACGCACAUGCCCUCUACAACCCCAGGCUUCUCUGCAGAAUGUCCAGUAAGGAGCGCCACCUUGAGUCCAACUGUCCUUCCUCUUAUAUAAAGACUGAGCCGUCUAGUCCUGCUUCCCUGACUGACAGUCUAAACCAUCACUCCCCUGGUGGCUCCAGUGACGCCUCAGGCUCCUAUUCGUCCACGAUGAACGGCCACCCCAACGGCUUAGAUUCCCCGAGCCUUUACAGCUCUAACGCAGGGCCCUUGGGUCCUGCUGGCGGCCCUGGAUCAAAGCGUUAUGAGGACUGUUCAUCAACUAUUGGGGAAGAUUCACAGAUUAAGUGCGAGUACAUGUUGAAUUCGAUGCCCAAGAGGCUGUGUCUUGUGUGUGGGGACAUUGCGUCAGGGUACCACUAUGGCGUGGCAUCCUGUGAGGCCUGCAAGGCCUUCUUCAAACGCACCAUCCAAGGCAACAUUGAGUACAGCUGUCCAGCCACCAAUGAGUGUGAGAUCACCAAGAGGAGACGCAAGUCGUGCCAGGCCUGCCGCUUCAUGAAGUGUCUGACUGUGGGCAUGCUGAGGGAGGGUGUUCGUCUGGACAGGGUUCGCGGUGGCAGACAGAAGUACAAACGUCGAAUAGAUGCGGACAACAGUCCAUACCUGAACCCACAGCUGGCUCUGCCUCCCAAGAAGCCAUUUGCCUUUGGCUGCCUUGCAGAUAACAAAAUCGUCUCUCACCUGCUGGUGGCCGAGCCAGAGAAGAUUUACGCCAUGCCUGACCCAACAGUACCAGACAGCGACAUCAAGGCCCUGACUACGCUGUGUGACCUGGCGGACAGGGAGCUGGUGGUGAACAUCGGCUGGGCUAAACAUAUCCCAGGUUUCUCUACACUCUCUUUGGCAGACCAAAUGAGUCUACUGCAGAGUGCAUGGAUGGAGAUCUUGAUCCUUCGCGUUGUGUACCGCUCAUUGUCCUUUGAAGACAAGUUGGUGUAUGCUGAGGACUACAUAAUGGACGAAGACCAGUCGAAGCUAGCUGGACUUCUGGACCUGAACAAUGCCAUUCUUCAGCUGGUGAAAAAAUACAGGACUAUGAAACUAGAGAAGGAGGAAUUUGUCACCCUCAAGGCCAUUGCUUUGGCUAACUCAGACUCCAUGCACAUUGAAGAUGUGGAUGCAGUGCAGAAGCUUCAGGAUGUGCUUCAUGAGGCCCUGCAGGACUACGAGGCUUCCCAGCACCAGGAGGAUCCCCGUCGGGCAGGCAAGCUGCUCAUGACCCUCCCCCUGCUUCGCCAGACCUCCACCAAGGCUGUGCAACACUUCUACAGCAUCAAGCAGGACGGCAAAGUCCCAAUGCACAAACUCUUCCUGGAGCUGCUGGAAGCCAAGGUCUGAGGACGGGAAAACAGAUGGAGGGACAGCUAGACACCAGUCUGAACCAACUGAGCUUCAGCUCAAACUCUCACUUUGAAUGACCUGUUGCUCUUUUACACGCACACACUCUGACACACACACACACACACACACACACAUUCACACACAGAAAUAUGUCCCAGAAGUAUGUCUGCUGACACGUCCCCCCCAUGAAUAAACAAAUAACCUAAACUUCUUUCCUGAUCCUCUAAACCCUCAUCAUCUUUAACAAAAGGGCGCUCAUUUGACCUUUUGUGCUGGGGAAGAUGCUGACAGACUGACAAGACCCCCCCUUUACCGAGGGAAGAUGAUACUUCCUUUUAAAACUAUUAACAAUCACUUACCAGUUACCACCGUGGCUCCGUACAUUGAAGAUGGCAAAACUCUUAUGCAUUUAAUAACGAUUAAGAUGUUAUUAAUGACAAACGAUUAAACAAGGACUCAUUUAAAAGAAACUGAAAACUCAUUUUAGUCCUGAGAGAGAGAAAGAAACUGUAAGACUGCACUUGUGUCUCCUUUUCCCUCCCUAUUUACCCCAACAGAGUUUUUUAAUUGUUCAAGAAGAAGACGAGUGGGGGAAAAAAAGAACACUACAGAAGUAUUAAUGACGUGUUUUGUCAAUGAAAUUUGGAUGGAUGGACAGAGAGAAAAGAAGAGGAGAUCUGCCCUGCCAAAGAAUGGAGCUCAUCCAUUCAGAGGAUGCCAGCAAACUUUACUGUCAUAACCCAAAACUAUUUCUGCUUUGAUCUACCAGUGGCUUUCAGUGCUGUGCCUCCAGAGUACUGCUGGCUUUCUGCUCCACCAAUUAGCUUAAAUAUGAAAACGAGCAGGGCUCAGAGGACCAGGACUGGAAACCACUGCUGUGAACACUUUCUGGUUCUCCCUAAAUUCAGCUUCUGGUUUCCCAUGACUCCCCUACUUCAACACAACUUUGCUAUUUGUUGUAUUCGCUGAGGACCAGUGACACUGGCCUCCCAAACCUGUCAGUAUUAACAUACAUAUUAGUGGUUGCACACGUGACAUGGCUGAAAGUGCUUUCAAAUAGUCCAAGCACUCAAGGUGCUAUUGGUUGACAGAGUUUAUCAGUAAAAAAAAAAACAGUACUAAUAAUAAUAACUUAACUUAAGAAUGGAUUCCUGCUUGACCAGCCGGUAGAUGUCAGUCCACACUGCCUGUUGAUGCUGUUUUCUCUGUCAAACACUCCUCUUGUGCUCAGACGUCUGUUUGAAGCAUUUUCAGCUGCUUAGUGGCCCAGGUCUGAAGCUCUCCAUACACAAAUCAGUAGAGAUUUCAGUCCGUCAGUGUGCCAUUAAGAACAGUCCAGCCCGUGCUCGUUACCCAAACUCCAAAAAACUGCAAAGUGUCAUGUCAGUACUACCCUCCUUUGCUCUGUUGCAUUCACAACCAGCUUGUCACUCGUGUCAGUACAGAGAUAUUUUUGUGAUUCAUUCAGGGAGUGAUGAGGGAGUUUCAGACACUCAGCGCAAUACAAACCAGAGGGAAAGGUGUGCUGACAAAACUGACCGAAGAACAACUAUUGUUGCUUUCCAACUCCUUAUUUGUUUUCUUAAUUUCUAUCUUGAAAAUAAUCUUAGUGAUGAUACCAGUAUUAGGAUUGUAAAUAACUGUCAUCCUGUAUAUGACGUAUAACAUGGCUUUUUUGUUAUUAAUAUUGUCUUCUUAAAACUGAAUCAAUCAAUAACAUCUUUCCUUUUUUCUAUCAGCUUUGCCACUUUCAGCAAUUAUCAUAUAUAUAUAAAUAUAACAAGUAAUAAUGUAUUAACAAAUCAGCGUUUAUCUUAGAAAACUCUGAGCAAUAGUGGUUUUUAAAGGAGGGGUUUGGGCAUAUGGACUAAGUCUGCAAUAUUAACAUAACGUGCCAGUCUAAAAUUUGGGAGAGUGGAAGGGGAUUUGAGGAGAGUUUGUAGCUUCUCUUUCUGUGUAACUUGCCAUAAGCUAUUAGAUAACAGUCAGUAUUCCCUUUGUUAGUGACAGUAAGGCGGGAACAAAUACGGACCAUGAGAUGUUAAUGCUGCCGUAACGUAAAAAGUUGAAGAAGUAACACAAGCAGCCGAAUGAGCCUGAGUCUGUAAUUACCACACACUUCUGAUGUUUGCACCUUUCUGUGACCACUGUUUUUAUGCUGUCACUUUUAAUCUGAUUCAGACAGGUCAGUUAAGUUUAAAGUCAGCUCUUGACAGUUUUUGUCCUUGAACUGUGUGUAUGUAUGACUUUUAUUCAUACAUUUUUUUUUUAGCUAGUUAUCACUGUACUUUGUGUUGUACUUAAAAUCUACAACAUAACCUGUAUUUAAAAUAGACACACAGAGGUCUCAUCAGUUAGCAUUUUUGACUGUGUGAAUUGUAUUACCUUAAUUAUCUAAGCCUGCAAGCACACAGACUUUAGGUGGUCAUUUCUAUAAUGGUGAUCCAAUCAUUUCUUUUUUAAAAUGCCAAGAAAUGGAGAGCUGAGCUGACAGGAAGCUGUCUGACAUCUUACAGAACAGUGGAGAAACACUGAAAGGCUGCACACUGUACGUUUGACUGAUCACAGCUUUAACAGGUGGAGACAGUCAGGAAGUUUUUUGUUGUUGUUUUUUUGUCAUUGUUUAUGUAGUUUCUGAAGCCGAAUAAGAAUGCCAAAACGUGUAAUCUAGAUGACAGUGUAAUCUAAUAUAAAAUGGCAACUUUUCACAGCACAGAGUGCUGCAGUUUAAGUGUAGUUGAUCUCUGACAUCACACUCUCUGUAUCAAACAUCAGUAUUAUUAUUAAGGGGUAUUUUCUCAGCCUUCUUAAACAUUGUAUAUUGUAAAUUAUACAGAUUAUAAUUCUAACAUAAGACAUUUUAUUGGAAACAAAAGUGAGAAAAAAAGGAAAAAAAUGUAGUUCAGCCUUGAUGUGUGUUUCAUGUUUGCUGUUUUUUCUAUCAAGAAAAAACCCUGUCUCUUUAAUUUUACGUUUUCGUUUGAACGUCCUCUUUCUGUUUGAUCCUCUCCUCCUCUGUUAAGUCCUUUAAAGCGUUGCUGUGUACUUUUUCUUGUGGUGAUUCCCGUUCUUGUGGCGUGUGCUUCUUCUUGAGACAACACAGAGUAGAGUAGAGGCCAUGUUGUCUGUCUGUCGGAUCAGUCCGCUGGGGGUCUGGGUACCGGAUUCUCUCCCAAUGAACCGAACUGGAUUUAAGGCUCUUCCUCUAGAAACUUAACUAGACCACCAGAAUCAAAUUACAGUAUUCAUCUUUACCUAACUAUACAUAAAUAAUUAAAUAUUUAGUAUCUAAAUGAAGAAACACCAUACAAGUAUUUAAAAAGGGAUCAUUUGUGUAACUUUCCUGUAGAAUAAACAAUAUACUGUAUAUCUUUAGGUUUAAAUAACGAUCAAAUGAAAAGGACAUUUGAGUAACUCAGAACUGUAGGUGACUCUUUUUUGAUAAACUAGCUGUACAUAACUGCCUUCCAUACAGCUCGAAUCAGUCAUUAUCUUUACUGUUUCAGCAAUCAAAAAUAGAAGAUAUGAAGAUGAAAAACCUUUAAACCCCCCCAAAUCGUGUCCUUUUUUCAGCUCAUUUCCAGCAAAGUCCCUUGCUUUAAAACAGACAGUAAAAAGUGAUUAGAUAGGUGAAGGUUAUGGCGAAAGAUUUUUGUGGCUUGAUUGGAAAAUGUUGAAAAAGCUUGACAUGUUAAUUUGCACUUGUGUGUUCAUCACCAUGCACUCAUUUCAUUGUAUUUCUGCUUUGGCCUCAGUUAUGAUUGUACUCACUGUACCUCUUUAGACACAUUUAGAGAUUUAUAGAUUCUGCGCUACCAAUAGCUUAAAUUCAAAGAUUGUAGGACUCAUCAACAUAUAAUGUUAUGGAGAAGAACUAUACCUACCAGUUAUUUCACAGAUGCAUAAGAGAUAUUUGUAAGUGAAGUCCCCGAUGACAGAAUUUUGAUGGUAACUUCAAAACACAGUCUCAUUGUCACAACAAUACUAAAUACUGUACAUUAAUCAACAAACAACUAUGGAAGAAAGGUGCUCUUUUUUAAAUAUUGUUUCUGUUCUUUUGUUGUUUGUUUUUAUUUAUUCGUCACUUGUCCAACCAAUCCUGUGUGCUUCUGAACAAUUUGACAUGAAGAAAGAUGCCACACAUCUCCCUGAGCUGAUUUAGACUGAGCUGGAUCUGGUUUGGGUUUUAAAAUGAAUCAAGUUAAAUUUCUGCUAGUGGCAAAUGCUUGGUUUGUGGAGUGUUUCCACAUUUGCCUAAAUAUCAAAUUAUCAGUUUAAGUCAAGUAAUCAAUUGAAAAUGAUGGUCAUGUUCAGUUGGGGGUCACUGGGAUAAAAGCUGUUAUUUCAGAUGACUAAAAAAAGAACAAACCUACCAGCUGAAAUCAGGAGGGACACUGUGUUAUUCUUUCAGAGGUUUUGAUAAAGCCUGCACCUCAAAGCCAGUAUUUGAUUAGGAUGUACAAGACAAAAAGUGAUUUUCCUUGAACAAUUUUUAUUUGUAUUUAAGAAGCAAUAUGUUCAUGACUGUACAUUGACAAGACAAGAGUUGCACUUGUUUGUGUUGGCUUACUUAUCCCAAUGCUGCUGUAGCUAUUAAGAUUAUCUCGCAGUUAGUGUUAAAACCAUUUAAAUGACAACAAACCAAACUGGUAUUUUCUAUGAGAAGCAUUGAAAGAAGGACUGUCUAGGUUAUUGUAGAGCCACUGAUAGAAAGAGUUUGACCUGGUUGCACUUUGGACGCCAUGUUAUUGCCCACAUCUGGAGCUUAGAUCCAGUAGCUGCAAAUACUCUAUCUAAAAAAUAGUUUAGCACAGAAAAAAGAAGGUAAUUUAGGCAUAGUGACAAAGCAGGAUCAUCCAUCUACCAUGGCUGCCCCUGAAAUCUGCUAAGGCCAAACUGUGUCUAUCCACAGCUCUACAGUGUUUAGUCAUUAAGUUGUAUUUAAUCCCCAAAUGUAACUUCCACCUUUACUGCAGCUAACCCUGCACUCUGAAUUUGCAAAUGUGAAGAAAAUAUUUAAGGGAGAGAGAAAGAUGACACAUCUGGAUAUGAAGGAUAUUUAAAGAUAAAAGGACCCUCGUGUGAUGGAGAAGACUUGUGUACGAGAAGACCCUGUAGUGUUAUUAAAAACAUGUCUGUAGAUUUUAGAUGUGCUUCACAUCAGUAAAUUAAAAAAAAAAAAAAAAAAAAA